AUGGGGCCUGCUGCUGGUGAAGACGACCAGGCGGCGGCAUACGGACAGAUAGCAACUCCCAAAUCACCCACGUCGGACGACUAUCCACGACUCACAGACGAUGAGCAGUCGUAUCCGUUGGAAGGAGCGCUUAGACAGAAGCUGGUUGAGCAGGUUGAUCUGGAGAUCCUCCUGAAGCACAGAGAAUAUCACCUUGUGCAGAAGGAGAUGCACAAGGUGAUGACACAGCUGGAGACAAUGGAGAAACUGCACAGCGAUCCGCACUACGCUGAGUAUCUGCAAAGCCUGGUAUCGUUGAAGAAAGAUGCACUGGAGCACAGGGAUUCGAAGGCAUCUGUGCAGCACCAACAGGCCUCGCAAGAGUCCGGUUACAACCUGAGGAAAUCUUCCAAAGAGCAUGAGCGUGCGGUUCACAGGACUUCCUAUGGCGGGCUACGGCCAGUAUGGGACGCCCAGGGGAAUAAGAUCUGUGUGCAUAAGCGUUCAGAUGGGGUUAUAGUCCGCAUCGACUGUCCCAAAUGUGGUCGUACUGAUUUCGGGUCCGCACAGGGGUUCUUAAACCACGCUAGGUUGGCACAUUCCAUCGAGUAUAAGAGCCAGGAUCAUGCUGCGCUCUGUUGUGGCUCUUUGCUCCCUGACGCUGACCAGGAUCAAGUCGGAUUGAACUCGAUAGCUCUGCUAAAAGAGAGCGGUGCUGAUCCAAACCGGAACCUGGCCCCAGGGGUGAGCAUCGAAGAUCAAAAUGGCAAUAAGAAGAGACGGAAGCUGAGCACCGCUAAAGGUGGGUAUCUGGAGAAGUUAUUCGUGGAGAAGGGUAAAGACAGUGAUUCGAAUUACAAGGCACUUGUUGAAGACGUCACGAAGAAGGAGAUUAUCGACGAUGAUGGUGAUUUGGAUCAACAGCAGCCGUCUGAACCCAGUGAUGGCAAGAAGAAGAAAAUGGGGCACAACAGACGUAAGAGUCGUGGUGGUCUCAGUGCCGUGACUUUUGAGGAGCACGUUGAAGUUUAUGAGCCAAGGAAUGCAGGGCAGAGUAGUCAAUGCGACAACGCUUCAUUUUCACCCAAUGUUGAGUACGAGAUACCACCUGUUGAAGGACUAACACCUGCACAGAGAAGAAGAUUCCCAUCUAUUUCAGAACCUUUGCGUACAAGGAGCCGAUCCAGACAAAACUCCAGUUAA